UGUACAAUGCCAGUGUUGUGUUGCCUGUUGUGGCGGUAGGUUAGGGUAUUUGGGGACUGAUUAAGGGAUAUUCACGCACAACGUGGUCGUUAUAGCAUGUUGGCCGCGUCACAAGUAUACAGGCGUUUUAGUACGUCACAGAGCCUGCUAGACAAGAUGCGUGUCGCAAUUAUUGGCCAGAGCACCUUUGCCGGGGAGGUGUACAAGCAACUCAUGAAAGAAGGUCACAAGAUUGUCGGAGUCUUCACCAUUCCAGAUCAAGGAGCGAAAGAAGAUCCGCUCGCUACCGUUGCUGCGGGCGACAAUGUGGCUGUGUUUAAGUUCAAGUCCUGGCGCAGCAAGGGAGUCGUUCUUCCUGAAGUUCUUGACGCCUACAGAUCUGUGGAGCCUGACCUCAAUGUUAUGCCAUUCUGCUCGCAGUUCAUUCCUAUGGAGGUAAUAAAUCAUCCUAAACACAAGUCCAUCUGUUAUCAUCCGUCCAUCCUGCCGCGUCAUCGCGGCGCCUCGUCCAUCAACUGGACUCUGAUGUGUGGAGACAAGAAGGCAGGCUUCUCUAUAUUCUGGGCUGACGACGGCCUCGACACCGGCCCCAUCCUGCUGCAGAGAGAGACCGAUGUCGACCCCAACGAUACCGUCGACUCGCUCUACAAUAGAUUCAUGUAUCCUGAGGGCAUUAAAGCUAUGGUGGAGGCAGUUCGUCUGGUUGAUCAAGGCAAGGCUCCCAGGAUAGUCCAGCCCGAGGAAGGCGCCACGUACGACGCGAUGCUGAACAAGCCAGAGCUCUGCAGGCUGCCGCUCGACCAACCUGCUGAGGCCAUACAUAACUUCGUGCGUGGCAUGGACUCAUCCCCUGGAGCUUGGGUCUCCUUGGAUGGCAAGCAGACGAAGCUCUACGGAUCGAAGCUUUGGACGGGAGCCGCCCCGAGUAAAGGCAAAGAGGUGACCAUCGAGGGCCUCUCCACUCCAGGCCUCAUUACUGAAGACGGCUUGAUACUCACUGGCUCUGAUGGCAAUAAGGUGUCCAUUGCCCGUCUGAGCGUAGACGGGAAGAUGGUCGUGGCUUCUAAAUACGGAGCUGCGGGCGAGGGCAAAGAGACUUUGAAGCUCACGGAAAAAGAACAAGCCGUGGCUGAGCAACUAAAGGGGACUUGGAAAGCAAUACUCAAUAUUGAAAUUGUGGAUGAAACGGAUUUCUUCAAAGCCGGUGCUGGUUCAAUGGAUGUUGUCAGGCUGGCUCCACUUUUAACCUAAUUUUGUGAUAUUUCAUUGAAAGCCGAGUAUAUACAUAUAAGCUGAACAUUUCUUCUUAUAUUAAUAUUAACAAUUCGACUUGACAUUUACAAAAAAAAAAAAAACAUUCGCGAUGCCAUGUCUAUUAGGCAAAAUUUAUUGAUGAAUUAUUUCUGAUUCCUACUGUAUGAGAAGUCGAUUCAUUCCUCCUUCAUCUCGUACCAGUAGUUCUGGCUGUUCAGUUCUAUUACCACAACGAAAAUGAAACCAAUUGAUCCAAAUUUUAAUUUGAUGGUCUGUUUUUUUCAGGUGCAAAGCGCCAGUGCGACGGACGUAGACUCGGCCGUCAAAGCUGCGCACUCAGCUUUCUACGAAGGCGAAUGGGGGAAAAUGAACGCCCGAGACAGAGGGACUCUGCUCUUCAAACUGGCAGAUAUCAUGGACGAGCACAAGGAAGAAUUGGCCACGCUGGAAUCUCUAGAUUCUGGGGCCGUGUACACCCUUGCCCUGAAAACGCACAUCGGCAUGAGCAUCGACACGUGGCGUUACUUCGCGGGAUGGUGCGAUAAAAUACAGGGAGCGACCAUCCCCAUCAAUAACGCUCGUCCCAACCACAACCUCUCCAUCACAAAGAAGGAACCCAUCGGAGUGUGCGGCCUGGUGACUCCCUGGAACUACCCUCUGAUGAUGCUGUCCUGGAAGAUGGCUGCGUGUCUCGCCGCCGGCAACACCGUCGUUAUCAAGCCAGCUCAGGUCUCGCCCCUCACCGCACUCAAGUUUGCCGAGCUCUCCGUCAAAGCUGGCAUUCCUCCAGGCGUUAUAAACGUGCUUCCUGGAACAGGUGGUGUGUGCGGACAGGCGAUCGCGGAUCAUCCGCUGGUACGGAAACUCGGCUUCACAGGCAGCACUGAAAUAGGAAAAGUUAUCAUGAAGUCUUGUGCUGAAAGCAACCUGAAAAAGGCAUCUUUGGAGCUUGGGGGUAAAAGCCCGUUCAUCAUUUUUGCCGACUGCGACCUCGACAAAGCCGUUAGAAUGGGCAUGAGCAGUGUUUUCUUCAACAAAGGAGAGAACUGCAUCGCGGCAGGUCGCUUGUUUGUCGAGGACAGCAUCCAUGAUGAGUUUGUCUCCAGGGUCGUGGAGGAAUGUAAGAAAAUGGUGAUCGGUGAUCCCCUUAACCGCGCCACCACGCAUGGACCUCAGAAUCAUCUGGCGCACCUGAACAAACUCCUUGACUAUAUCAGCACCGGCGUGGACCAGGGAGCUAAACUCGUCUAUGGAGGCAAGAGGCUUCCUGGCAAAGGCUACUUCCUUGAGCCUACCGUCUUUACGGAAGUUAAAGACCACAUGUACAUCGCCACCGAAGAGAGCUUCGGACCUAUUAUGAUCGUGUCUCGGUUUCCCAAUGGUGACCUGGACGGUGUGAUACGUCGCGCUAAUGACACCGAGUUCGGUUUAGCUUCGGGCGUGAUGACGAAGGACGUAACGAAGGCCUUGUACGUCUCUGAACGCCUCGACGCCGGCACCUGCUUCGUCAACACCUACAACAAAACCGACGUCGCUGCUCCGUUUGGAGGAUUUAAGCAGAGUGGCUUUGGCAAGGACCUUGGACAGGAGGCACUUAAUGAGUACCUCAAGACAAAGACCAUCACUUUUGAGUACUGAGUUUCAGUGAUUCUUCGCCAAGUCUUGACUCUCAACUUGUAGGUGCUUGGGAAAAGUUAGAUGAGCAUUCAAUUGACGAGACAAUUUACGUGGGAGUUCGGUGCUCAAUCGCGUCUGCAACUGUAUCUUUUCUUAGAAUUGACUUUGAUUUAUAAGAUCUUUCUUGCUUAUUUUACUGCUGAAAUUCCAUAAAAGAUAAAUUGGUCAUGAAGUAGCGGUUGAAGCGUUGUUAACAAUUAGCAUUGCAUUCUUGAGCCGCGCGCAUGUUUUUCUACUUCUAGUUGUGAUUUUUUCGAUUUUUUUUUUGCUCCAUUUGUUGACGUUUUUUUUUAUUGUUUUACUGUUUAAAUCUUUCUCACGGUUUUAAACCCUUUUUGUUAACUAUUUUUAACAGAAUCUUUCUUGCAUUGGUUUCUAGUCCAAAAUUUCUGCUGUAUUUAUUUGUACCAGAGGUAGUAAUACCAUGAAACGAGAACGGCUGUAGCCAGAUAUUGCUUGAUUUCCUUUUGGCUCCUUUCCAUCGAGUGAGCUGAUGCUGUGUAAUUUAGUUCAAUUAUUAUGUUGCUGCCUUUUUCGGUUAAUUUUUUGUAAAAUUAUUUUAAGCAACCAUUAUCAUGAGCAUUCGCGACAAUAGGCUGAUGUUUUUUCUUGCUUAAAACGCUGGAUACAUUUUCAGCAUAUUUUUAUAAUAGCUCUAAGCUCUAUUUGAAUGUUUGUAUUACUCUUGUUACUACAUGGUAAAUGUCCUGGAGCAAUCUGUCAGGUUCCUCCUUAUAAACGACAAUUGUUGGGUUUUAAUGAAGUAUGUUUCAAUUCAUACAGUAAUUUGAUAAGGAAAUUGUUCCAUUGCAAAAGCUUUCAAAGGAUUGACGUUUGUAUGCAGCUUAGCCAGCCCUAUUUUUCAUGGACAAGUAACUGUGCUCGUGGUUUUUACAUUAAGAUUGCGUAAUCUUUUACAAAUUCCAAGCAAACAAAUUUCAAGACAUGGACAUUACUAAU